AAGAAUGGAAAGCCAGAAAGACAGAGUGAAACUCAAUGUUGGUGGAAAGAAGUUUGAAACUACGGCCACAACCUUAGCGGGUGCUGGAAGGAAUUCAUUCUUUGGAGCAAUGUGUGAUGAGAAUUGGAACCUGCAUUCUGAUGGGUCGAUCACUGAACUUUUCAUCGAUAGAAAUCCCAAUUACUUUGGUGUCCUUUUGGACUUACUCAGAACAGGGGAGCUUUAUAUUCCUCCAAAGAUCGAUAAAAAGCAUCUAUACAGAGAGGCUCUGUAUUAUGGCAUUGAAGAUCAUUUAAGGUUAGCUAAAUGGGGUCCGUUUGAUGGCAAUAGGCUCCGGUUGGCCGAGUCUAUAACGGGUCCAACAGUAGGGAAGGCUGAUAAAAUUCGGGCUAGUCCGAAUAGCUGGUGCUGUGUGGUACGUGAUAAUAUGGUCAACGUGUACAAUUGGAUACUAGAAGAGCAACCUACAAUAACCACUCGUGAUUAUCGUAGGGUCAACGAUGUUUGUUGGGUUGAUUCUGAUAACAUUGCGGUUAGUAGUUCUGACAAGUACCUAGCUAGUGGAGGCAUUGGGUUGUUCAGUGCAUCUACAGGGGAAUUGAAGUAUAAUUUUCAAGUUAAAGAUGAAGAUCAAUUGAAGGAUUACACAGCAGAUGCACUCGGUGUUAGCUCGGAUUACAAGUUGUUUUCCAGUUGUACUGAGUGCACCAACAAAAAGAACGGGAUCGGUGUUUGGGACCAAGUCACAGGUAAGCAGACAGAUUUCUUGCCAUACUGGCCAGAUAGUAAGGCUACCAAGUUUCAGUGGUUACAUGGUACCAAUUGUUUGAUGGUUGCUUCUUGUCAUUUGAGGUCAAAAUGUUCCAUCAACUUGUUUGAUUUUAGGGAAAACACGGUGGCUUUGUCGUGGUCUGAUGCUACGUAUCAAAGAAUGUAUAGAGACGCGAUAGCGAUAGAGGAGAGAAAUUCCAUUUGUAUAGUAGAUUCAAAUGAGAAUUUGGGUUUCAUGGAUUUGAGGAGUACUACAAGUAGUAUAGAAUGGAGAAGUUCUACGAGGGACAACACAUUUAAUCGUUAUCCGAAACUGGCAUUUCAAGAGGGACAGUUGUUCUCAUUAUUUUGCGAUACAAUUUCAGUUUAUUGUGGUUCUGAUUGGGUUCCAACAUCACAGCUUCAACAGAGUCGUGGUGGUUGGAUUAGGGAUUUUUCAAUUGGUGGUGAUCGUCUUCUUUCUCUUCAUUGGAACAAUGAUAUUUUUGAUGUAUGGGAGACCCCUCGUCCAUAAUAUAUGCAUAUGCAUUUGGGUGAACGACUAUUUAAGUUAUCUCUUCUUCAUUAGUACUUUGAUUUUCUAUGUAACUUGAUUUGAUUAUGCAACAAAACUAUGACUGAUUGUGA